AUGGGGCAACAGUCAUCCCCGUCAAGUGCUAGAAGACGAGGUCGUCUAAACUCCGAUCGACCAACAUCAAUAUUCACCUUCUCAGACCCCGUCCGAUCAAGGCCACGGCCCAACCCGACCUCUUCCUCUAGAGAGCCACCGCCAAACAAUGAAGUCCGCACCCUCUUCAACGGGCAUAUCAAUUUGCGCGGUCGAAAUGACAAUCUGCCUCAAAAAUGGUGGCCUGCUUCGACCGCCAUCCCCCUCCUCGUCGCCACCAUUGGUCCGCUCUCCCACGUUCUGUCCAUUGCUUCACUGGUAACCACCUGGAAAGUGACUCUUCCCGACUCCGGCAUCCUGCCCGAUGGCAAAGAUGACAAUGGAAUUGGCAUUCCGGACCCAAAGUGGGAGAUCAACGCCAACAUUGUUUCGCUGAUUUGUGGAUUUGCGGGCAACUUCUUCUUGUUGCUGAAUUUCACAGGGAGGGUGAGGUACGUGGUUGCUAUACCGGCGGCAGUGGGGGCGUGGGUGUUUAGUUCUGGUAUUUUGGUUGCGAUCCUCCUGGCGAUGCAUAUUCAUUCGCCGCCGGUUUGGCCCGAGAUAUACUCCCAGGGGUAUUAUCAUGCCAUCUUCUCAGCCUUCUUUUAUGCUCUGGGAGCGGUUUUGUUGGCGAUCAACAUGCUUGGUUACUUGAGGGGGUAUUACCCGCAGCAGUUCGACCUCGACGAUGACCAAAGGACACUGAUCUUGCAGACCAUGCUCUUCUUCGUUUGGUUGGCGGGCGGAGGAGCGGUGUUUGCGUGGUUGGAAGACUGGCCUGGGGGCUUUUGUGACGGAUUGUAUUAUUGUGAUGUUACAAUCCUAACCAUAGGCUUCGGUGACUUCGCACCCGCUACGACCGCCGGCAGGGCAUUCCUCAUGCCUUUCCAAACUCUCGGUCUUCUGUUUCUCGGUCUGGUCAUCUCCAGCGUCAGCCGAUUCGCCGCCAACAUCUCGGCCGACAAGAUCAUCAAGCGACAUCAGGAACACUCAAGACGGUCGACAGUGGGCAUGUCGGUGACGAAUGAAAACGAGCUGAGAGAGAAGUUGGGUUUGCCACCAAAAAGAAAGGUGAGCAACGCAAGGGGGGGAAAUGGAGGGAGGAGAGCGUUUAGUGCGAGGAGGUCAUCGUUGGCGCAGUAUGGUCGGUUGGAGGUUGCGGGCAGGAUGGUCACUUUUCGACGGCAUUCUCGGGCUGAGGUUGGUGGUGCAAGCGAGGGCCAUUCGGUCGAGAGGGCUGCUGACGCAAAAGGGGGAGAAAAUGAGAACAGAACCAAAGAGGAGGAGGCAAGGCAGAAGAUGCUGAAGUUUGACUUUGGUAAUGAUAACGGAAAGGGGGCUGAAGAGAUUACGAGAAAUGGCAGUGGCGAGAAAUCUUUAUCACAGGACAAGAGAAAGCAAAGAAGACAGAAACUAUUGCUUUUGAAGGAUGACAGGGAUCGGUUCGAAACCAUGAGGCAAAUCCAAGACGAGACCAAGCGGUGGAAGCAGUACUGGGCCCUCGCCAUGGCCUUCUUAGCCUUCUCCAUUCUUUGGGGGUUCGGUGCCGUCGUCUUCAUGCUCACCGAAGCGCGGAUAUCAAAUCUUUCCUACUUUGACUCGCUGUACUUUUGCUGGGUGUGGCUAGUCACCAUUGGAUAUGGCGACAUCGCUCCCAAGUCCAACAUCGGCAAGCCGUUUUUCAUCGUCUGGUCGCUCAUUGCCGUACCAAUCAUCACCGUUCUCUUCCAAGAAAUGUCGUCCACCGUCGUCAGAGCCGUCAACCGUGGUGCAUUCAAGGUGGCUGACUGGACCAUCAUGCCGACGUCGAAGCGUGGGGUGCUAGACAAGUACAUCCAGAACCAUCCUUGGUUGCAAAAAUUCGUGGGUAAAAGACAGGACGCGGAAGAGUCCGCACGUGAAGCUGGCGCGGGCACUGAGCAGCCAGGAAAUCUAGAAGGGCCAGCUGAAGGUGCUGACGAACAGGAAGAAGACCUCCCCUCGCUGCUCUCCAAAACCAUCAAGUCCAUAGCGCAUGACCUCCGCUUCUCCCCUCAAAAGCGGUAUUCGUACGAAGAAUGGCAGCUCUUUACCAAGCUGAUUCAGUUCACUCAAAGAGAAGAGGAGGUAGAUGAUGAGGGAAUCACGAUGACAGGGGACUGGCUGAGUGAAGAUUCUCCCCUGCUGGCGGAUAUCACUGAAGCGGAAUGGGUGUUGGAUCGCUUGUGCGAGUCACUGGACAGGUAUACCCGCUCCAGUUCUCAUCAGAAACCUCGGCCGCAACCAAAACAUGGCGAGGCCACAGAUGCUGAACUAGAUCCGCUGCGUAUUGAGACAGAGCAGAGACUGCUUAAUAACAUAGAAGAGGAAAGUGAAAGAGGGAGGAGAAACCGGGACGUCUCACCAAGCUAA